CGGCGGCCGAGUGCCGGCCCGUCGAGCGGUUCCGGGUUUAGGGUUCACAGGUCAGAGUUGACUCCCUGAAAAGUGCAGCCGGUUGGAAAUGCAAGAUGGCGGCGGCGGGGCGCUGAGAGGCGCGGCGGCCCCUGCAGGACAUGGCAGAUAGGUACCUUGGACCUGUUGAUGAUGGCCUGAGCUAAAUGCCUCCUGACUGAUGGGACAUCCCGGUGUCAAAGAACAGAAUGCUGGGGGAGCUAUGGCAAGUGAUUGGAGUUGUGCUUCAAAAAUUUCAGCAGUUCACCAGUAUUUUAUCUGCCAACAAUAAGCUCUUUACUUGAUUGCACCAUGAAAAAGCUGCUAAUGAGACUUGUUGAGCACAAAAACGAACGUGCAGAAGCAAAAGCCAUUGUUUUCAAAUGAAGAAUACCGAACAAUUUUAAGCCUCAAUGCUUUUGAAUCACCACUGAGAUUUUCUAAUAACAUCAGAAUGGCAAGCAGGCGAAAGUCAACAAUACCCUGCAUGGUCCUCGCCAGUGAACAGGACCCAGACCUUGAGUUAAUAUCAGAUUUGAAUGAAGGGCCUCCGGUACUUACACCUGUGGAAAACACCAGAGCCGAGAGUAUCUCAAGUGAUGAAGAAGUUCAUGAUUCUGUGGAUUCUGACAAUCAGCAAAAUAAAAAAGUCGAAGGUGGCUAUGAAUGUAAAUAUUGUACUUUUCAAACUCCAGAUCUAAAUAUGUUUACUUUUCAUGUGGAUUCAGAACAUCCCAAUGUUGUACUCAACUCAUCCUAUGUUUGUGUCGAAUGCAAUUUUCUUACCAAAAGGUAUGAUGCACUUUCUGAGCAUAAUCUGAAAUACCACCCAGGAGAAGAGAAUUUUAAGUUGACAAUGGUGAAACGAAAUAACCAGACAAUCUUUGAACAAACAAUAAAUGAUCUGACCUUUGAUGGCAGUUUUGUGAAAGAGGAGAAUUCAGAACAAGCAGAAUCUACAGAAGUUUCUUCGGGAAUAUCUAUCAGUAAAACUCCUAUCAUGAAAAUGAUGAAGAAUAAGGUGGAGAACAAACGGAUUACAGUUCACCCUAACUCUGCUGAGGACGUUCCUGAAGAGAAAGAGAAUGAAGUCAAACCAGACCGUGAAGAAACUGCAGAAAAUCCAAGUUCUUCAGCUUCUGAAUCCAACACAAGUACUUCCACUGUAAACAGAAUACAUCCAAAUACGGCCAGCACCGUGGUGACCCCCGCGGCCGUCCUUCCUGGGUUGGCACAGGUGAUAACCGCUGUGUCCGCUCAGCAGAAUUCCAACUUGAUUCCCAAAGUCUUAAUCCCUGUUAAUAGCAUCCCUUCCUACAAUGCUGCAUUGGAUAACAACCCCCUUUUACUUAACACCUACAACAAGUUCCCUUACCCAACUAUGUCAGAAAUCACAGUUCUUUCUGCUCAAGCGAAAUACACAGAGGAACAGAUCAAGAUAUGGUUUUCAGCCCAGCGGCUAAAACAUGGUGUUAGCUGGACUCCCGAGGAAGUGGAGGAGGCCAGAAGAAAACAAUUCAACGGAACAGUCCACACUGUACCUCAGACCAUCACGGUUAUUCCUACACACAUUUCCACGGGGAGCAACGGUUUACCAUCCAUUUUACAGACAUGCCAAAUAGUUGGGCAGCCAGGUCUGGUCCUUACACAGGUAGCUGGGACCAACACCUUGCCAGUAACGGCCCCUAUUGCCUUGACAGUGGCAGGCGUUCCAAAUCAAACCAACAUACAGAAAAGCCAGGUACCUGCCGCUCAGCCCAUGGCAGAAACGAAGCCAGCAACAGCAGCAGUUCCAACUUCUCAGCUUGUCAAACAUGAAGCCGCACUGGCAAACCCUGACUCAUUUGGCAUUCGGGCCAAAAAGACUAAGGAGCAACUGGCAGAAUUGAAAGUGAGCUACCUUAAAAAUCAGUUUCCCCACGACUCAGAAAUUAUCAGACUUAUGAAAAUCACAGGCCUGACAAAAGGAGAAAUUAAAAAAUGGUUCAGUGACACCAGGUACAACCAGAGAAACUCAAAGAGCAAUCAGUGCUUGCAUCUCAACAACGAAGCCUCCACCACCACUAUUAUUAUAGACUCCAGCGAUGAAACCACAGAAUCCCCAACUACUGUUACUUCACAGCAUAAACAAUCCUGGAAUCCUUUUCCCGACUUUACUCCCCAGAAGUUUAAAGAGAAAACUGCAGAGCAGCUUCGUGCUCUUCAGGCAAGUUUUCUCAAUAGCUCCGUACUUACAGAUGAAGAAUUGAAUAGGUUAAGAGCGCAAACCAAACUUACCAGAAGGGAAAUUGAUGCUUGGUUUACAGAGAAGAAGAAAUCAAAAGCUUUAAAGGAAGAGAAAAUGGAAAUAGACGAAAGUAAUGCAGGUAGUUCCAAAGAAGAAGCUGGAGAGAUUUCUCCCGGAGAUGAAUCUGGGGCACCGAAGUCAGGGGCUGCAGGCAAGAUCUGUAAAAAAUCACCCGAGCAGUUGCACAUGCUUAAAAGUGCAUUUGUCCGAACGCAGUGGCCGUCGCCAGAAGAGUAUGACAAGUUGGCGGAAGAAAGUGGGCUCGCUAGGACAGACAUAGUUAGUUGGUUUGGAGAUACCCGUUAUGCUUGGAAAAAUGGAAACUUAAAAUGGUACUACUACUAUCAGAGCUCCAAUUCCAGCAGCAUGAAUGGUCUGUCUUCCCUUAGGAGGAGGGGGAGAGGAAGGCCCAAGGGGAGGGGCCGAGGAAGACCACGGGGGCGGCCCCGAGGAAGCAAGAGAAUGAAUAACUGGGACAGGGGGCCGUCGCUCAUCAAGUUUAAAACUGGAACUGCAAUACUUAAGGAUUAUUACCUGAAGCACAAAUUUCUUAACGAGCAAGACCUUGAUGAACUUGUUAACAAAUCACAUAUGGGCUAUGAGCAGGUCAGAGAGUGGUUUGCUGAGAGACAGAGAAGAUCAGAGUUAGGUAUAGAAUUAUUUGAGGAGAACGAGGAGGAAGAGGAAGUGGCUGAUGAUCAGGAAGAAGACGAAGAAGAGACAGAUGACAGCGACACCUGGGAACCCCCGCGGCAUGUGAAGCGGAAGCUUUCUAAAUCAGAUGACUGAAAUAGCUGCCUAAAAUGUUGGAAGAGAAUCAGUUCUUCAACUCAAGAGUCUGACUUACUGUGAAUGGGCCCACUUUUUGAUGACACUGAAAAUGUUAUGAGGCAUACACAUUCUCAAAAAUAGGAUCCAAUACCCAAAAGAAAUGGAACUUACUGUUGUGCCAAAGUUAAACUACUGCAGUUGGUGGAAGUUCUGCGAUGUAAAUAGAACACUAAUUAAAGAACAACUUGUAAAAAUUCAGAUUUUCAUACAGUACAUUUUUAUUCUGCUAUGAUGGAGACAUUCUGGGUCUUAGACUUUCUGAGGGGGUGUGAUGACCACUGGAGCUUGUUCUCAUUUUUUGUCCAGCUUAUACUGUAUGUCCAGUACCAUGGGCUUUGUGCCUAUAUUCUCUGAUAUGUGAUUAAGCUUAUAGCUUUGAGUGACCAAACAGUUUACAGUAAAAAUUGUUAGAAAUGGGCAAAAGAAAAAACCGGAUUUAUUUCUGUGUUUUAUUUAUCAGGCCUUGCAUUAUAAUUAAAAGUUGUGCCUGGGCUCAUACAAUUCAGUGUAAGUAAAAAACCAGCCUAUUGACAUAUUUUGGAACAGUACAACAUUUUGUGGUGUCAGGACCCUGAAUUGGCUCUUUGAACACGUUCCUAGUUACUACUACUUGUAAUACUUCUGUUACUUUUUGUGUUGGAAGAUGAAUUUGCUUUUAUUAAACUCAAGAUAAUACUGAAGAAGGAAAAGAAACUGGCAUAAGUAUUUGGAUAGGGUGAAACUCUGAAAUUAAUAUGGUACCAAAAAUGUGAAAAAGAAUCAAGUAAUGAAGAUACCCUUAGUGUUUUCUUACAAUCAUACGGAAAUAGAAGUGUCAGCUCAGCUCAGAUUGUUAAGAAUUAUCUGUCAACAAACUCAUACUCUGUAUCGCAGUUUCAGUGGACAGAGAAAAAAUCCUGGAUUGAUCAUAGUUAAAAGUUAGCUUUUCACUUAGGAAUCAUGGGAGUAUUAUUAACUGUUAACUCUUGCCAUAUCCCAAUACCGAAAGUUCGUCCUAACUUAUAAACUUUGUAAAGACCGGUGCUGUUCAUUCCAUGUUGAGAAGGACCCUUUCUUUUGUGACUAUAGGACCAUUUUUUUCAAAAUGUGCUUUCUUCCUAGAAGAAAUGUUUAGUUUAUUUAGCUUUGGAUUUUAAAAUGUUUUUCUGAAUGACCAGAUGUAGUGGGCUUGGCCAGUUUAUUUUAUCUAAUUUAAUAAAUAAUAAAUAUUAAGCUCUUGUUUUUACCUAAAUGUUUGUCAGCUAAUGAAAAUGUUAUGGAAAAAGCCUUGAAUAUGCAUGCUGCUUUCAUUUUUAUAAACUUUUUAUUUUUUGACUACAGCUUUAUUAGUAAUUCCAAAAUGCUGCAACUUAGCUCAUUUCUUCGCUCAGACAGCUGGCUUUGUGGGUGGCUUUUUCAUACUACUGUUAACUUUUUUUAAAAGAAGCAAUGUAAAGACUGUAACAAUUUAAUGCACUAAACUAGUCUUUCUUUUACACGUUUAAAAACUUCUUAAGGCACUCUGUAUUAUAAUGAUUAAAUUGCUCCUUUUUUUAAAC